GUCAUUCCUUGUAAUUGUAGGCAAUGUCUGUGGUGAUGCACGCUACCUGGUUCAGCAAUUAUUUAAAAACUAUACAAAUUGUGUUCGACCGAGUCUUGACGAAUCAACUACAACAAUCGUCAUGCACGAAGUAGUUCCGGCGCAUAUCAUCGAUUUUGAUGAGAUAAAGCAACAAAUAACAUUAAGUGUCUGGUUACGACAGUCUUGGUAUGAUCCAUUUCUAACUUGGAAUGCAAGAGACUUCAAUAACAUUUCUGUGAUUCGAAUAGCAUCAACCAAAUUAUGGAGGCCUGAUAUUGUACUGUAUAGCAGCGUCGAUGAAGAUGGAAGCAAUGACCCAAAUCUUCCUGCAACCGUUAUGGCCAAUGGCACGGUAAAAUACCUCACACCUUAUAUAUAUGUUUGUUAUUGCAAAGUAGACCUUACCUAUUACCCAUUCGACACACAGACAUGUCCCCUAACGUUUGGCUCAUGGGCGCACGAUAUACGCCAGGUUGAUUUACGAUCAAUAAAUAAUAGUGCGGAUUUAUCUUCAUUCGAAGAUAAUGGUGAGUGGAACAUUAUCAAUGUGCCGGUAAAGCGAGAAUCCGUCAAAUAUAAAUGCUGCCCGGACAACUUCACAAUCCUAACCUAUAGCUUCUUCUUAUCUCGAAAGUCGGACUUUUAUGUUAUCAAUCUCAUUUUACCAUAUGUUCUGAUCUCAUUAUUGUCUAUUAUGGUAUUUUACCUGCCACCCGAGUCGGGAGAGAAAAUGAAUCUUUCGAUAACUGUGCUGCUGUCGUUGAUUGUAUUCAAUCAGUUAGUGUUUGCUACAAUACCUCCGGCGUCAGAUGGUACCUUUCCAAUCAUAGGGAAAUACUUCAUCGUUAUGAUUGGGAUGGUUGCUCUUUCGGUUGCUAUGUCCGUUUGGAUUCUGCAUGUGUACCACAAGGAGCGGAACUGUAUUCGGAUGCCACCUUGGAUGCGACAGUUUAUUUUCGGCUAUCUUUCUAAACUUGUUGGCAAAUGUCGCCCGAAAGCUACUCUUCCUGACUUCAGAAACGAUAGCGUUAGUGAGCAUUAUUACAAGGAAGAUACAUGUAAUGAACUUAAACGAACUGAGUUGAUCGGUAAAAAGGUAUAUCUGAAUGAGAGAAUGACCAAAGCUAAGAUUAAUGACGAUUCAUCAGAACCCUUUCAAAACGGUGGCUUGGAAAGCCCAAAACAAAAGCGAACUUAUUCGCGCAACAUGGAAGAAAGCAUUAACAAUAUAUCUUCGCAGCUUGAUUUUCUUGCCCAGUUGAAGCGUAGAAAAGACACUGAUAUGGACUCGGCACGCGAGUGGAGGGAGGCAGCUGCAGUCAUUGACAGGGCCCUACUAAUAAUUUUUACUAUUGUAAAUAUAUUUCUACCGAUCGGGUUUAUUUUUGCUGCUAACAAACCAUUUAAGUGACGAGUAUGUGGUAUGACAACAUUAUUAUCCACAUACUUCCUAACGUUAUAGUUAGGUCUAUGCUUUAAUAUUUCGCUAUGACUUGCAGCUUUACCUUUCUAUUAGAACAAGCUUUGCUCAAGUUUUAUACGAAUUAUUUAAAGUAAAAAGGUAUAGAAAUAUAAUUUAGAUAUCUGCAGUAUUUGUUGCAUAACUCUCCAAUUUUAAACAUUUUUGUCACGAUUUCUUACUGGUAUAAAUAGAUAUUUGCAUAAACACCACACUUGGUAACAUUUCAGCUUCCAAAUGCUAGAGUCAAUUCCGUAUUACUCUCUCUACAUUACGGCUAGGGAUAAUGUCAUGUUCGCUAGUAGUACAUUGUACAUAGGUUUUUUUUUGUUUUUGUUUUUUUGUAAAUAGGCCUACAAUGAUCAGAGUGAGUUCAGAGACCGUCCUCCUUCAGUUGCAUAUGAUAAUCAUUUUCAACUGGUUUUACCAGGGGAGUUUUAUCAUUUUAGUCGAAUACUGUUUCCUCAAUCACGCUGUCGCCACAUCGCGUAGAGGAUGGAUUGUGGGAUUUCUCUCCAAUCAAACAGUCGAUUGAUUGUCCCGGAUGGUUUUCAUAAUAGGCCUACUUGAAUUUCCUGCUGUGUACAUAUAAGUAAGUUUUAAGC